AUGCCAAAGUGUAGAAGUUGUGGGAGCACAGAGUUUGAGCGAGACCUCUCCAAUGCCAAUAAUGAUCUCGUGUGUAAACACUGUGGUGUGGUGUCUGAAGAUAACCCUAUCGUGUCUGAAGUCACGUUUGGCGAGUCGAGUUCUGGUGCGGCCGUGGUUCAAGGUUCGUUCAUUGGAGCUGGUCAAUCACACGCGCCGUUUCUAUCUAGAGGCGGCUCUUCAGCACUUGAAUCCCGCGAAGCUACCCUGAAUAACGCUAAGAGAAAGUUACGCGCUGUGUCGCAUGCCUUAAACAUCCCUGACUACGUAACGGAUGCUGCUGGUCAAUGGUACAAGCUAGCGCUGGCCUUCAACUUUGUUCAAGGCCGUCGCUCACAAAAUGUCAUUGCAGCCUGCCUGUAUGUUGCAUGCCGUAAGGAAAAGACCCACCAUAUGCUCAUCGAUUUUUCGUCACGUUUGCAAGUUUCAGUCUAUUCUAUUGGUGCAACUUUCUUGAAAAUGGUGAAGGCACUACACAUCACAGAUCUGCCUCUUGCAGACCCAUCCCUGUUUAUUCAGCAUUUUGCCGAAAAACUUGAUCUUGGCGACAAGAAGAUCAAAGUGGUAAAGGAUGCUGUCAGAUUGGCCCAGCGCAUGUCUCGUGACUGGAUGUACGAAGGUCGUCGUCCUGCCGGUAUAGCAGGUGCGUGUCUUCUCCUCGCAUGCAGAAUGAACAACUUAAGAAGGACACACUCGGAAAUUGUUGCUGUGUCCCAUGUUGCAGAAGAAACGUUGCAACAACGGUUGAACGAGUUUAAAAACACGAAGUCGGGCAAACUAUCCAUCAAAGAAUUCCGUGAAAACGAAACUAGCGAGGCAGGCGCACAACCACCCUCAUUUCAAAGAAAUCGAAUUAAGGAGAAAAAACUCCGCGAGCGUCUUAACCAUGAUGAGCUGGAAACGAGUGACGAGGCCCUGAGCAAAAAUCCAAUUUUGUCACAGGUACUCGGCGCCCAAGAGCUGUCGUCACGAGAGGUUCUGUAUUAUUUGAAGCGAUUUUCAAAACGCAGAGAAGAUACAGCCCACAGAACAAAAGCCACCAACGGGGUUGACGAUUCCGAUAUGCAAGACACCUCACGGGAAGAGACUGCUUUACCUACCAAUACGAGCGACGAAUUAUUAGAAGAAACCCCAGGUGAAGAAGAUGGAAGACACUUUCAAGAUGCUAUUGACGGUUACUCGUUGGAGAAGGAUCCUGACAGACCACGCAAUUUGCACCUCCUUCCUACGACCGCUUCAUUACUAGCAAAAGUAGCAGACGAUCCUGAAAAUUUAGAAGAUGUAGAUGAUGAAGAGAUGGAGGCACAGUUACUAGAUGAAGAAGCAUCCAAAUUGAAGGAGCGGAUCUGGAUUGGUAUAAACGGCGAUUUUCUGCUGGAACAGGAGAGUAAAAGACUUAAACAGGAGGCAGACGUUGCAUCUGGGAACGCGUCUGUCAAAAAGAAGCGUGGGGGCGCGGGCCGCAAACGCAUCAAGCAACAGAGUGAUGUCGAGGGCCUGCUUGCAGAUAUAAAAGACGACUCCGGACUUCAGGCUGCAUUAAAAUUAGCUGAAGAUACUGGUGAUUUCACAACUGCCGAUAGUGUCAAAAACAUGCUGCAGAAAUCGAGCUUUUCAAAGAAAAUUAAUUACGAAGCUAUAGAUGGGCUGUUUAGAGCAGCCUGA